GAUAGGCACUCGCCGUAGACCGGACAGUGCACGAGCCGGGAGCGAGCAGCGCUAAGAGGCAUCAGUUUUAUUGGACAGUCCUGAAGACCAGUGCUCGCGCGCUCUUUCUCCGGUGAAUGGUCAGGCGACCACCGACCGACGGUCGCUCGUUGGCUGGCUGGCUCGCUCGCGCGCUCGGUCAACCAGUCAGUGUUCGUUUGGGCUGAAUGCGGUGACGGGAACGGCGGCAUCCUCAGUGUUGAGUGGAGCGCUCUCGCGCUCGAAAAUGGCUGAAUACGACGAACUGUUCCAAUUCUUGGAGCCCUCGUCUCCGGUAUUGUCGAAAAGUCUGGCAAUAAGCUAUGUGGUCGGACUGACAGCGACCGACGACGGCCUGAACUUGUUCCGAUCGAAUAGAUCUUUCGAGGAAGCGCUCUGUCGUUUGGUGCGGGAAGAACAGAACGACUCGAUCAGGAGCAAGGCGUUUGAGGCCUUCGUCAAUUUAUCCUCGCAUCGAGACCUGGCUUCAGCCGUUCUGGCCGACAGAGGAGACACCGUCAGAAGCCUCGUUGAUGAGGCCGCAGAUGUGGAGCGCGCCAACGUUCAGCGGGCCUGCGCGAUCUUAUCGAACCUCGCGCAGAGCGAGGAAAACGCGGCCAAGCUGUGGCUCAUUCUCAAAGCGGACGCUGACAAACUCAUUAACGCGUUCUGUUCGACUAGCGAUAAGGACUUCCUUCAGGACCACAUAGGAUUCCUGUUUUCCAACCUGACGGUUUUGGAGAGCGCCAGGACCUGGUUCAUGGAUCGCGAGUCUCGUCGCAUCGAAAAAUUGAUUCCUUUCAUGACUCUGUCGACGACCGCCACGCGGAAGCACGGAGCAAUCGGCACGAUCCGGAACUGCACGUUCGAUACUUCGCAUCAUCAAUGGCUCCUCGACGAUGUAGACCUACUGCCGCGACUCCUUUUCCCGCUAAUUGGACCCGAGGUCGGGAAGAAUCUCGACGAGGAGGACAUGGAGCAACUGCCUAUCGAUUGCCAGUAUCUCGGCUCGGAAAAGAAGAUGGAUGAAAAUCCAGACAUUCGACGCAUGCUCAUCGAGUCGCUGAAUCAGCUUUGCGCCACGCGUUUCGGGAGAAAAUAUCUGAAAGCGAACGGAGUGUAUUUCGUGCUCCGCGAGCUACACAAAGUCGAAAAGGAUCCCUCUGUGCUCGUUUGCUGUGAGAACCUCGUCGAUCUUUUGAUACAGGAUGAGCCGGAGUGCGACAAUCUCAAGGAGCUCGAGAUUCCACCAGAGAUCGUUGAGAAACUCAACAAACUCGAUGUUGAAGCCCAGAAGGAAGAUUGAGACGAUGUUUGUACGCUAUACCGUGUGUUGGAAGGUUCAGUUCAAGAUGACCGAUGCGGACGCUCAUGAGAGGAAGAAGCGAGAAUAAAA